AUGAGUAUCGUACGGACCGAGUAUGCUGCUUGUGAAGCUCUAAAGCUACAGAAUUUGUCUUACAAUCUAGGGUAAUUCAUUAAACAGUCAUUGAGCUAUACGGUAAAUGUUUAGGGGAUGUUCUGUGGAUUUUGACAAGUCCUUAUGUUGGGCCAGCGCUCGUCUCGGACAGCAAAUGACUAGAGAUUGUCCAUUCAAGUACUGCACCUCAAUCCCCGGAUGUGAAGAGAUUAAAGGUAUUCUAAUCAGAUCUGAAAAAUUUCACACUUCCAUUAGUUCUAUUCAACCGAGUGUCUCAUCCGUCCGUAAGCCUUUCGCAUUCAACAUUUCACAUUUUGACGUUUCGCUCUCCUGUGAUAAAUACUUUUAUCUUUGCCAUUCAUCAAACUCGAACCAACCAACGCUAGUGUUUCUCAACUUUUUCCUUUUUUUGCUAUCCUAGUUUUUCGAAAACAGAGGCGAAAAGAGAACAAAACACAUGGACAACGAAAACGAAAACGGAAAGACGUUAAACGCGACAAUCCAAAAAAGUGGGAUUAAAAGCAAACUAACAAACAAUAAUUGCAGACAAGUACAUGGUUUCAAGGAAUUGCAACAACAUGGGUGUGUGGCAGGAUUCGAACUACUCGAUGUGCAUAAAAGUUGUGGAAGAGUACGCACAAUGUUUACAGGGAUUCUGCAGAGUUGUAAGCUUGAAAUUUGGAGGGAACCGACUGGAAAAACAAUAUUGCAGUGCCCCGAAUUCCUACGCGACCUGGUCAUCUCGGUUUCGUUAACUUUAUCCAUCGUCUCAGUGAUUUUACUCGUUGCCGCAAUUAUUUUAUUCUCGGUUUUCGACUCAAUUCAAGUACAUUCCAUAACCAAGUUGCUGUGAAAUUCUCAAAAAUUUUAGUGCCGACGCUUGUCAAUUCAUAAGAACUUGGCCACUGCGUUCGUGUUCCGUUUUGCAGUUUUGGCUAUUUGGACUAUUGUCCAGUCCACAAAUCUCUUUCAAGAUUGUACUAGAUUCCACCCUCAGCCACUUUGGGAUUUGGUACGUGAAAAAUAUACAUUGUGUGCCUAGAACUAUGAACAAAAACAUUUAGGAAUGGAUUUGCAAAGCAAUCCUCUGGUUUGUCAUCUACUUCCAAGUGGCGUCCGUCAUGUGGAUGCUCAUUGAAGGGGCAUUUUUAUAUAGUCGUUUCACUGUCUUCGCCAUGCGACAUAGUGAUGCCCCAUGGUCGCUGUACUUAGCGUGCGGAUGGGGAAUUCCAUUUGUUGUGGUAACUGCCUGGACAGUUGUUCACCAGUACAAAUCCAGUCAGCUGCCGAGUUCAUUUUGCUGGGUUCCAUACGCGCAGGGAAAUCACUUGUGGAUUCUGGCUGGAACUAUGGGAUCCGCUCUGAUUGUAAGGAAAUGGGUUGAAAAAUCACUGACACUUUGAUAAAAUACAGAUGAAUUUGAUAUUCCUGCUCAUGAUUGUGGUCAUAUUAGUUCAAAAGCUUCGAACUGAGAAUUCAGCUGAAUCUAAGAAAAUCUGGUGAGAACUUUAGUUGAACUGUGUUGAUUAAUCAAAUUACCUUCAGGAGAACAAUAAAAGCAACUCUGCUACUUGUGCCCCUCCUUGGAAUUUCAAACAUCCCCCUAUUCUACGAGCCAGAACACCCAAGCUCAGUUUACAUGCUUGGAUCGGCUAUUUUACAACAUAGUCAAGUAAAUAUUACAUCUAAGCAAAUGAAGUUGUUCGAUAUUCAUUUCAGGGAAUAUUCAUUGCCGUGCUAUAUUGCUUUUUGAAUAGUGAAAUUCAAGGAGCGCUGAAGAGACAGUUAUCAAAAGUGCCAUUCGAGUUUUUCAAGUAGUUUCAGUGUUUUGAUGGCAGUUAAACAAUUUUCAUUUUUCAGAACUAGGCAAAGAUUCGAAACUGAACGAACUUAUGUUCCCGAGAACCGAAACGCUCCUUCUAAAAACGGGGUGCCCAUGGAAGAGCUCAACGGCAAAAACAAAAAAAUCGAAAGCGCGAACAACGAGACCCAGGACCAAGCGACUAUGAAUGCAUCAAGCAGCUCAAAUUACGAAGUGCCAAACAACAAACCAGUUUAUUCAGUGACUACAAAACGUACCUGA